AUGGCCGCAUCUGCGAAGGCUCUCCUUGGAUACAACUACAAAUGCGCUGCUACCCUGAUUGGACCUAAAACAGUGAUUACCACUGCUGAGUGUGUUGAUGAAUCCUAUGCUAGCUCCCUCGGAGUCCAUGAAGGAAGCCUCGAUCGAACUAGCAACCAACCACUGUCCGUGUCCAAAAUUAUUAUCCACCCGAGCUGGAACACCAAUUCCCGCGGUCAUAACUUUGCGAUUCUUCACCUUUAUGAAGAAGUCACCGAUAUCUCUCCCGCCACCGGCGACAAACUGACUUUGUACGGUUGGGGAACGACAUCCGAGACUGGGAGCGCCUUGUCAAAGACCCUGCAGCAGCUCUCGACUUCUGCUUUGGACCAACUCGCUUGUAAUGAGCAGUGGAAAUCGACCAAUACAAUCACAUCUGAUAAAACUUGCGAUCAACCGGCUGAUGGAACUAUGGCUUGUAAGGGCGAUACUGAGGGAGCUGUGGUUACUGAAGAUGGGAAGUUGGCUGCAAUGAUGACGAAUGAGAAUGGCCGCAAUAACCCGGGUCUGCCUGAUGUUGAUGCUGAUGUCACUGAGAUGUACUGGAUUAAAGGAAACAUUGUCUGAUUUUCACUUCAGUGCUGGCUUCUUCUACCAGGAAAUAUGUGUUCUCAUAUGUCGAGUCCGUUAAUAGAUGUAGUUAUCAACACUAUUAUUUCAACUGCCCUCUCAUCAUCCUAUGAACA